AUGAAUAAAUUAGGGAAACCAGCUUUAUUCAAGCCGGUUUCUAAGCCAUCAGGUCUGAAUUCGAGAGCAGUAUCUGGCCGACAAGAAGCAACUAAUAAUUCAAGAGAAUCUACCAAUGUUACGAUAGAAUUGAAAAAUAGAUUCCAAACUUUUGCUGAAUCAGCCGAGUUAUUUUACAAAAAGCACGAAAAACAUGCAAAAUUCGGAAAUAAUUACAUGGUUUUUUUAUUAAAUGCGUAUAAUUCUUUUAAUAGUUUAUUUAACGUUUUAAUUCGUAUGUGCGGCAAUGCAUUAAGUCUAAAACCCGGCAAGAAACCAGGCCUAAUAUCAGGUGCGCAUGCAAUACAGACUGUUGCUAUUCCUUUUAUUAAAGAUUGGAAUAAUUUUACUCAAUUUCUAGAAAUUUUCGAAAAAUCAUGCGAGGCACAAUUCAUGCCACUAAUAGAUCAUCAUCUAAAUGAUAUUAUUGAGCUUGCUCCUUCAAUUAUGACUCAAUUACAAGCAUUACGCAAAGGAAUCAUUUCUUCUUUCGAAGAGACAGAGAAAAGGCUUGAAGCAAGUCAAGCAAUCGAAGUUUCUAUAGAAGAAAUAUGCAGAAACGAUAUUAACGAAAAAUGUUUCAAAAUUUUCGGAAACGUUCUUAACAUUUCACGAGAAUCUGUUACAUAUGAUGCAGACGCAUCGAAUCUGAUGGAAGAAUACCAACAUUUUCAAGUUUUACUUCAACAAAUUAUUGAUCAACUCGAAUUACGCGACAAAUGUGGCGAACUACGUAGUAUUAAGUAUCAUGGAUCACAACCUGUACAAUCUGAUACUCAAAGGCUCUGGCAAAUCCAAAAACAACAAACAAAUGAUGAAGAAGUCCAACAACAGAUGAUUCAGCUUAAAUUAAGUAGUCGACCAUUUACUCUUAACCCAGAACUCCCUUUAUUCGACUUCAUUAUCGACGCAAGAUCCCAAUUUGGCCCUGAAACGACUCCCCACAUUUCCAUGUUUUUUGACGCUUUGACCGAAUGUGCUCUGAAUUUUAAGGAAACGUUUAAUAAUGAUAUGGGCAAAAUGAGGGAUGAAUAUUUAGGUAAAAAUGAGGAAUUAUUGAAGAGAGGAGAAAAAUUACAAGAUACAAUCGACAAAUUAAUGACAGAUAAGACUAAAUUGAAUGCGGAAAUACAGUACAGACAAGAGAAAGUCAAUAUGCUUGAAAGCGCUAUUGAAAAUCUUGGAAAAUACAAACAUGCUUUUAAUAAGGUACAUAAUAUUGAGAAAACAGAAGAUUUAGCUGAACAUGAGAUUAUGCAGAUUAUGAAAAACAGCAUGAAAUCUGAUGAAUGCCAAAGUUGCAAAGAUUAUGAAAAUAAAUUACAAAAAAUCUCUCAAUUUCUUGAAGUUUUCGGUACAGAGAACACAGAUGUAAUGGAAAGAGCCGAAAAUGCCUCUAAAGUUUAUAAAAAUUUCCAAGAAGAAAUCGAAAAAUUGAAAAAAGAAAGAGAUGAAUACAAAAACUGUAUACAACAGAUAGUUGCUUGCUUUAAACAAACAGAUAAUAAAGAAACUGAUUAUUGUAGGUUCGCAAUUCAAGCUGCAAAGAAUAAUAACGCUUAUUACGAGAAAAAAGUGAAAGAUACAGAAGCACAAUACAUUGUCAAGAGUAAUACAAUAUUAGAAAAGGUUUGCGAAGCAAUUGGCAUCAAAGCAGGAACAAUUGACGAUUUAAUUCUUGCAAUUAACAAAAAGAACGAGUCAAACAACGUUUUCUUGCAAGAAGUAGAAAUAAGACUUUGUAAAAUCAGUAAAACAAACGCUUCCAAGACAACAAACCAAGAAACAAUUAGAAAUGCUUUGUCAUCAGUUGAAAACAUGUCAAAAACGCAGAAACCAGUAGAAAAAGUUGAAGAAAAAUCAGAUCUUACAGACAUAUUCAAGCGAAUACAAAGAAUUACAGGAAAUUCAGACAAUUCAAAUGCAAAUGAAGUUUAUUCUAAAUGUAUUGAGCUUCUUGAAGAGCUUGCAACACUUGUUAGUAAUGCAAAACGCGAAUUAAGACAUACAGAACAAGAUCAAGUCCAAAACAAAGCAUCUUUGCAAUCAAUUUACGAAAAAUUGUCGAGAAUUCUUCAGAUUCAAUCUGUUGACACAAAAUCAAUGGAUUCAACACAAUUGAUGCAUCAAAUCAUGUCAUCAAUUGAUGCAUUAUUCAAUAGACAACAACAAAUGAUGAGUAAUGAAGAAAUAUCAACAAUUUGCCAAGAAGUAUUAAAAGAUAACAGUAUUUCGCAAAAAAAUGAACCUAAAAUAUAUCUUGGUGAAAUUUGUUAUUCAUAUCUUAUUUAUAAGAAUUCUAUUGAAUGUCUCAUUCCUUUCAACAACAUUCUUGAUGAAUUGUUUACUACGUUUGAUUGUAAAUCAUCAUCGUUCAAACCAACAUCCCAACAAUUUCCGAUUCUUAGGAAGAUUGUUUCUUCUCUUCAAGACAAACUGAAUUCGAUUGCAUCCAACAGAAUUUCGACUGAUGUUUUUCAUAAUCUUUCUCGUUUCAUUUCUCUUAUUAACUCAUUCAUGACAUCAUUAGCCAGUUUAACCAUGGAAUAA